GGUAGUCGCCGUUGAAGUUGGAAGAAGAAGAUUCAUUGUGGUGGUUCUGGAGGUAACGGAAGGAUGAAAAUAGGGUUGUUGGCAGUAAAUUGAAUUAGUCGAAAAGACGGUUUUGGUGGUGGAAGAUGGGAAGCGUAGUGAAGACGUAUUGUCAGUACAACAUCCCGUUUCACCAUUAUUACAGACCUUCCUCCAGCCUUCAAAACCCUAUUUCUCUCUUCGCCAUCACAUCUCCAUCCAUUUCACCCACAGAUCCUUCUUCUCCUCCUCCUCCUCCUCCUCCUAGUAGUAAACAAAAACUACAAACCCAAUUCGGCGGCCACUUGAUCAUUCCCACCGUGGCAGUCGCUGCUUCCGCCUGGUUCUUCCUUCGUCGUCUCCACCGAUACCCUCCGAUAAUCACCGCUCCUCCUUUGGAUGUCGAAUUGGAGGAAGAAGGUGGCAUCAGAGAGAUCCCUUUGCAGCAGAAGCCGGGUCAUGUCAAAGCUCUCCACUUUUACAAAACCAAGCCAGGUACUGUCUUUAAAAUGAUUCAAGUGUACGCCGAUGGUAACUACGAAUCCUUGAAAGCCCGGAUUCGCCUGUCGGCCCAGUGGCUAGAAACGGCGAGGAGAGAAUUGGAGGAGGUGGUGGAGAGAGACCCGGGUCGGGUCAUGGAGUAUUCGCAGGUGGUUGAUGAGCUGAUGGAUCUUCUGAGGGAUAUGGAGGUUUAUGUCGAUCAAUGCGAAAAGGACAAGGUUAAGGGUUACCUUCGAUCUUGCAAUCGCUUGCUUGCCCGUGUCAGGACUAUGGAAGCUCGGAUUCUCAAUGCUCUCAAAGAGUUUCACGAUGAUGAGGAACAAGGAGGAGGAGACAACUACUAGCAUUACCAACCACCACCCUCUCACUCUUUUCUUGUCCCUUCGUGUUCUGUUUUGCUUCUCUCAAGUUUUUAACUUAUGAAACAAAUGAAUAUUGUCUUUCUCCUAAGCUGGAUUGGAUGUUUUAUUUCGACAGACUACACUCUUGGCGCCUAUUUAAAAUGAUGAAUAUUCUUCUUCUUGCCAAAAUAUGUUGGU